AUGCUGCGUCAGUAUGUUCGCCAGUUUCGUCAGGGGCUGGUCCGCAAGUGGCCACUGGAGCCCCGGGAGGAGUCUGAGAGUCGCAGAGCUCCUCUGAGCACCUUCGACCUGGUGAUCUUGGGUGUGUGCAGGACUCUGGGAGCCGGCGUGUACGUCCUGAUUGGUGUCAUGAUCCUGCUCAUAGCUGGACCAGCGAUCGUCAUCUCCUUUUUGGUGGUCGCCCUGUCUUCAGUGUUGUCUGGACUCUGCUAUACCGAAUUUUGGUCCUAUGUACCACGCUCCGGUUCUGUGUAUCUUUACAGCGUCGUUGCCAUGGGAAAACUGUGCGCCUUCCUCAUUGGCUGGAACGUCUUGCUGUAUUUAAUGGCUGCCGCUUCCUGCGUGACCAGGGCUUGGAGCUAUGCCUUUGACAGCCUCAUUGGGAACCACAUCUCUCAGGCGUUAGAGAGAACUUUCUCUCCACACAUGCCCUCUUUCCUGGCCCCAUACCCAGACUUCAUUGCCCUGGGCCUGGUACUGCUGAUGACUGGACUACUGGUUCUGGGAGCUCGAGUGACAACCCUGAUUAUCAAAGUGUCCACAGGCUUGAACCUUUUUGUUCCCAUCUUCAUGAUCCUCUCGGGCUUCAUUAAGGGAGACCUGCACAACUGGCAGCUCACAGAACAGGACUACAGAGCUAACAUAUCUGGAUCCAGCAGCACCUUUAGCUUGGGCCCUCUGGGUUCUGGAGGGUUUGUGCCCUUUGGCUUCGAAGGGAUUCUCCAAGGAGCAGCUAUACUUUUCACCUCCUAUUUUGGUGUUCAUGGCAUGGUCACUGCAGGGAAGGAAGCCCCAAAUCCUCAGUGUUCCAUCCCCUUGAGCAUGGUGAUCUCCAUCUUCAUUGGCUUUCUGGCGUACUCUGGAGUUUCAGCGGCGCUCACCCUCAUGGUGCCCUACUACCAGAUUUACCCUUACAGCCCCUUACCACAGGCUUUCCUCCAGGUCGGAUGGGACCCGGCUGCAUAUGUCAUGGCUGUUGUCUUACUGUGUACCCUUUUAUACAGCUUCCUAUGCGCCAUGGUCUCCAUGUUUCAGUUGACCUGCACAAUGGCAGCUGAAGGGCUCCUUUUCCGAGUUCUUGCCCGGAUCCACACCCGUACUGGCACCCCCAUCAUGGCCAUCUUGGCUUCCGGAACUCUUACAGGGUUCACAGCAUCACUCCUAGGGAUCCUUGAUCUGGUGAAACUCAUGUCAGCCGGUGUCCUGCCUGCUUACACCCUUGUGGCGGUUUCUGUCCUUGUCCUCAGGUACCAACCAGACCAGAAUUUAAGCAAGAAGCAGAAAACAGAGAAGGGAAAUGAGAUUUCUGACCUUGAAGCAAGUCCUUCAGAACCUGUACCUGAAACAGGACCCUUAAGGAUUCUAAAGAGUCUGUGGUUCCCUACCAGCACCACUCCCACCAAGAUAUCUGGGCAGAUUGUCUAUGGAUGUGCCUCUCUGCUUGUUCUCCUGCUGUCCAUCCUGAGCCUGAUCCUGGCCCAGUGGCCCAGCCAGGUGUUCUCUGGAGACCCCGUGCUCACAACAGUGGUGCUGCUGCUGCUGCUGCUCAUCACUGGGGUCACGGUCAUCAUGUGGAGGCAGCCCCAGAGCCCCUCUCCUCUUCUGUUCAGGAUCCCUGCUCUGCCUGUCCUGCCACUGGUGAGCAUCUUUGUGAACAUUUACUUGAUGAUGCAGAUAACCUCUGAGACCUGGAUCUUAUUUGGCAUCUGGAUGACAAUUGGAUCUGUCAUAUACUUAGGAUAUGGGAUCCGACACAGCCUGGCAGGGAACAAUCAUCAACGGCCACCAGCCUCCACCCCCCAGACUCUGGAUUAA